AUGGCUCCCACUCCUAAACCCCGUCAGAAAUGGUUCCUCUCGAAGAGCCCUUCGGAGAAGCUCGCAGAGCCUACCCCGCCUAGCAACAACAACAACGGCAAAGGCAAAAGCGCCACCAAGACCAAAUCCCCCACCUCGAAGCCAGCUCCCAGCACCCCCGCACCGCCACUUCUCCGCGACCUCUACACCUCCCUCGAAACCUCGUACAACCCGCUCCUGACAAUAAUCUGCAACCACGCAUUCAUCAAAGAGGCGCGGUACCCCGUGCGCCAGUCCGCGCGCAUCCGCUUCGUGCGCGAUGUCUAUUAUGAAGCUGGGCUGCUCGGAUAUAGUGAUGAGGCUGUGAAGAGGGUUCUUGUUGAUGUAAAGAGGUUCUUUCUCGAAAGGGUUGGGAGGGCCGAUGUCUUCGAUGAGGAGGGGGGUGGGUUUGGGGAGGAGGUUGAUGAUUUAGCGGGGUAUCAUGUUGUUGUUGUUGGGGAUCGGGUUGAGGAUGGCGAUGUUGAAACUGAUACUGGAGAUGGUGUUCAAGAUGGGGAUGAGGAAGGAUGGGAAACUGAGAGUGAGAGCAAGGCGUCUGGUGUUGAUGAUGCGGUUGACGAGUUCGAGAGGGCUGUAGGGUCUGUGAAGUCUGCGUCUCAGCUGUUGAGGGAUAUCGCUGCGCUGCUCGGAGGAAGUCCUAGUCACCGGUUCUCAGAGUCCCCUAGUGAUAACGAUCAGAGGCAGGCGGAGUCGGCAAAGUCUGAGAAGAAGCGCAAGCGCAAGCACAAGCAAAGCCAUGGCGAGGAGUCUGUGGAGGCGUUGCCGCGUGAGUCUGAUAAACCUCUUGGCGAGCUUGAGGAAGAGUGUGUAGACCCCAUCGAAAGUCAGGUGAAGUCAGGGAAGUUAUCGAAGUCUGAGAAGAAGCGCAGGCGCAAGCGGAGCCGUGGCGAGGAGAGUGUGGAGGCGUCUCGCGAGACUGACGAGCCUCUCGGCGACCACGAAGAGGCGUGUAUAAACCCCGUCGAGAGCCAGACAAAGCCGGUGCAGCACGAGAACAAGCGCAAGCCAUUUGAUGAAGAGUCUGUGGAAGUGGCCGUCGGUACAGACCUGCCUCUCGACGACCCCAAGGCGAAACCUACAGACCUUGUUGAGACUAACGCUGAAACGAACAAACCCCAAAUUGACGACAAGUCUCACGCAUCACUCCGAAGGGUACGAAAACACAAGAAAAACCGCAAGGACAAGAUGAAGGCCAGAAAGUCUUCUUCCAAAGAUGCAUCGACAAAGCUCAAUACUCCAAAGAAGGAUCGCGACGACACUUUGCUGGAUUUUUAA